CCGCGCAAGUUUUAGUUGUGGCAUGGCACAAAAGUAGAGUAUGCAGUACAAUCUCCGAAAAUAAAAACCCCACGCAGUGUCUCGCGUUCUUGAUUCAAUGAUUGAGAAUAAACCAACUGUGACGAAUUAGCUGUCUAUACUGUUGGAUGACUCGUGAUAAAGAGCAAUCGAGCACGACCGACAGACUUUGGUUCGCCUAGAAAGAACAGGUCUCUUAUCGAGUGCUCUCACGUAGAAGGAAGGUUAAGGUCUGCAUUCGACCCUCGAUAUUCUCUGAGUUCGCUGUUGUUCGGAAGUAAAUUUAUUCCAGGGCCGACUCGCCUUGACACUUUUGGGUACAAAGAUCGCAAAGACCAAUUGUUCAACCGACGCUUCUUCCGCGUUGGGGAGAGCCAUUGCACGGGCGCUGUUUGGGUGGUAAGGCAUCGCAGCCGCACAAGACUGCGGCUCGUUAUUGCAUUUCUUAUCGACCGACAUAGCGACAAUCAAGAAAGGCCGCGAGACACCGAGAUGUAACGUUAUCACUCCUGAUAACAGUGAUGCUGAUGGUUUUGACCGUUCUCGGUGAUAUACUGGCGGGAAGACUGUACGGCGAAGAGAGGCGAGCGAGGAAGAUGACAAAGCUGAAGAUUACGCAUUGUUUCUCACUUCCUCUCCCUCUUUGAACCCGAUCAAUACGGACACGAGUAAUCAGGGAAAGGAGAGCUGAUAUCCCACAUUACCUUCUGGGCCGAGAGCACCAGAUUAUGAAGCAUCAAAUUACUUUGAGGGUGCCCCACAACUACCGAUACGUUCGGCACUCAAUAUGCGAGGAUCAUGGAGAAUACGUCUGUGACGCUCUCCUUGGACUGCAUAUAUGCAAUUUAUUUACGUUGGCUUUCAGCGCUCAAGAUGGUUGGGGAAUGGAAGGAGAGCUCAUUUAGUCACCGGCAGGGAUUCAUAGGAUUUCGCGAAUUCUCCAGCGUUAUAAAAGAUAUAUACAGGGAAGAAGGAUCCCCCAGCUGCUGAUUACCUUGAGCUCUGCAAACAUGCUAGGCGCUCUCGACCUCGCCGUUGUAACAUCUAUAUUAGUUUUUGGCUAUGCAGCUGUUUGGAAGACACGGUCCGCGUCUCAACGAUUCCCACCUAGUCCUCCUGCGGACCCAUUUCUUGGGCAUGCCAGAAGUUUAAUCCUUAAUAUGCCAUGGCAGACAUAUGCGAAAUGGAAAGAAACUUACGGUGACGUCGUAUAUUUGCAUGCUCUCGGUCGCUCCAUUAUCAUCAUCGACUCGGUUAAAGCGGCACGUGAACUCUUGGAGAAGAAGAGCUCAACUUUCUCCGACAGACCAGCUUUCCCGGUUUUCUCCUCGAUGGGUUGGGCGUUAUUCCUCCCUUUUAUUCGUUACGGGGCUCGCCUUCGAAAGCAUCGAAAAGUAAUGCAUCACUACUUUGGUCCUCAGGCCAUCGCAAACUUUAGACCGAUUCAAGAGAGGGAAAUCAGCAAAUUCCUUUAUCGCCUGUCGACCAGUCCCGAAAAUUUCAUAAAUCAUAUAAACAAUUUUAUUGCCGGAACUCUCGUCGCAAUCACGUAUGGGCAUGAAGUAAAAUCCGACCAUGACCCAUACAUCGAACUUGUAGAUCGGGCAACACACAUGGCAACGAGUUCCGGUACUCUUGGGGCAACGGCUAUUGACAUCUUUCCUUUCUUGCUUUAUUUGCCCGCAUGGCUCCCUGGUAUGGGACUGAAACGACUUAUAAUCAAAACUCGUGAGGUCAUCGAACAGGUUAUGAACAUCCCAUUAAAAGAACUGCAGUCAAAGAGGGUAGCCGGGUCGGCCCCUAAAUGCAUAGUCUCGGAUCUCCUGGAUGAAUACGACGAAAAGGAUGUUGUUGACCGUGAACACGAAGAGGAUAUCAUGAACAUCGGAACGACGGUUUAUAAUGCUGGGUCAGAUACGACCAAAACGUCUCUCACGGCAUUCUUCCUGAUGAUGACACUUCACCCUGAAGUUGCUAAAAAGGCUCAGGAGGAAAUUGACUUGGUUGUUGGAGCAGGCCGUCUGCCAUCGUUUGAAGAUCGUCCAAGCCUGCCUUAUGUAGACUGCGUACUCAAAGAACUAUACCGAAUCCAUCCUCCCACACCUCUGGGUGUGCCACAUGCCUCAACGCAAGUUGAAGAAUAUCGUGGGUGGAUGAUCCCGAGUGGAACGGUCGCCCUUCAAAAUAUAUGGCAUAUGAUGAGAAACGAGGAAGUGUUCCCAGAGCCGGAGAAAUUCAACCCUGAGCGUUACCUGGAUACUGAAAAGCAAGCGCUCAUUGAAGAGAACGAUCCCAGCGAAGUCAUCUUUGGCUUUGGCAGGAGGGUAUGCCCUGGAAAACACUUCGCUGAUGCGAAUCUAUGGCUUUCAAUCGUCAACAUCCUUGCAGUGUUCGACAUUGAGAUGUGUAAGGAUCCUGUAACAGGGAAAGUUGAACCUCCAGUCGUCGAGAUGGAAGAAUUACUCACUCUGUCUCUCAAGCCAUUUAAGUGCCAGAUUACUCCACGAAAAGGUCGGCGCGUUGAUGCUUCCUUGUUGAAGCUGCAAUGAUUUAUUAUGCAGUGGUUGAGUUCCACGACAUCUUCACAAGUUCCUGUUUCUACGUGCCCGAUAGUCAAUAGUAGUAUCAUAUACAUUUCACUGUUGUAUCAAUUUCAACUUUCC